CGAAAUUAUCCCCUUUUAUUUUAGUGUGUGUGUGUGUGUGUGUGUUACUUUGUGCGACAUAGAUUCCGUCCUUUGGAAACUAGUGUGUAUACAACCGGGAAAGGUAACUUCCUCCUCUCCACCGGAAAACCAAAAAAAAAAAAAAAAGGUGCAGCAGAGCAGAGAAUCCUAUACAAAUAUUCUCACUCCUCAGGUUGGCCUUUCUUCAUUCUUUUGAACACUGUAUUUUGAGUAUAUAAAUCUAGCCUGAGAUUUAGUUGUUGUUACUUCCCUAUUUAUUAUUCUGCACAUUCUAUUUCUGACAUUCAAAUAUAUUGAAUGAAUGAUUGAGUCAUUCUUUAUUCAUUGGAUGAAUCGAGCAAAUUAAGAUGAAGGAAUUGCAUCCGAAUUCGUGAGGAUUAAGGUUUAAGUUUUUGAAUGGACUUUUCUUUUUCCUUUUUUUUUUUUUUUACAUCCUUCUGUUUCCUUCCCAAGUAAAUUGGUCAAUUCACGUUUCUGUCGCAUUUUUUCCCCUAAAAUAAUUUAAGUUUUGUUGCGUGUCGGGAUAUACUUUUCUAAUUUCUUAGCCAUAUGGGCUUGCGUCUUAAUCGCUGAUCAUGCUGACGAUGAUGUUACCAGGAAAUCUCAUAUCCAGUAAGAAACACGAAAUACUACUAUAUUAUAUUGUACAUUAUGACGGGAUAAUUCAUGUUCUAGUAUUUGUAUUUUCUUCUUGAAGGUCGGUUGAAUGUUGGGUUGGCGGCCGCCUUCUUCUUAAUCUUCUUUGUUUCUCACUCGUAGUUGUUUUUUCUCCCAAUCUUCCCAACCUUAAUCAUCUCAGAAUUUAUCGCUUUUCUUCUGCAGGCUGGCAUAUAUUAUUAUAUUUAUAAUAGGCGUUUGACGUUGUACGAGGCCAUUUUCUCAUUUGGUUUCCAAAGCCUUGAGAUUUGCUUAUUUUGGGUGUGUACGAUUCAGACGAAGAAAAUUUGAUCCGGGUUGACUUUAUUUUUUAGUUCGAUUGAGAAACUCCGAUAGGUAGUUGACUUGAUGGGAGCAAGUAAUUCGAGGGAGGAGAAUUGGAGGCAAUCUUCAUCGAUUCCCACCACCAGUUCAUCUUCUUAUGAUCAAUACGGUUAUCCUCCUCCUCCUCAGCAACCAGGUUAUUCUUAUCAAGACAGUUAUCCAUCAUCAUAUCCUCCACCCGAAGAUAGCUAUAAUUAUCCUCCACGGCCCACUGUUCCCUCAUAUGCACCUCCGCAGCCACAAAGUUACCCUUCUCAAAACCAUGGCCACAGGGCUCAGCCACAUGCCCCACAGAGGAAGCUGGACAGAAGAUAUUCAAGGAUAGCAGAUGAUUAUAGAUCAUUGGAAGAGGUAACCGAAGCGCUUGCUCGUGCUGGGCUUGAAUCUUCGAAUCUUAUUGUUGGUAUUGACUUCACUAAGAGCAAUGAAUGGACCGGAAAGAAGUCAUUCAAUGGACGAAGCCUACACCACAUUGGAAAUGGUCUUAAUCCGUAUGAACAAGCAAUAUCCAUUAUUGGCAAAACAUUGGCAGCUUUCGAUGAGGACAAUCUGAUCCCUUGUUAUGGAUUUGGUGAUGCCUCGACACAUGAUCAGGACGUCUUUAGUUUCUUCCCGGAGGAUAGAUUUUGUAAUGGAUUUGAAGAAGUAUUAAGUCGGUACAGAGAGAUUACUCCUCAUGUCAAACUUGCAGGACCAACAUCAUUUGCUCCUGUUAUAGAAAUGGCCACGACUAUUGUUGAGCACAGUGGCGGACAAUACCACGUAUUGGUUAUAAUCGCCGAUGGCCAGGUAACUAGAAGUGUUGAUACUGGGCGGGGUCAACUGAGUCCGCAGGAAAGAAGAACCGUCGAAGCAAUUGUCCAGGCAAGCAAGUUUCCUUUGUCUAUUAUAUUGGUGGGGGUUGGAGAUGGACCAUGGGACAUGAUGAGAGAAUUUGAUGACAACAUCCCGGCUCGGGACUUUGACAAUUUCCAGUUUGUCAAUUUUACAGAAAUCAUGUCAAAGAAUGUUCCGCAAGCUCGAAAGGAGACAGAAUUUGCUCUUGCAGCAUUAAUGGAAAUUCCUGCUCAGUAUAAGGCGACAAUGGAGCUUAAUAUACUGGGUGGUCGUAAAGGAAAUGCUCCUGAGAGAUUUCCCCUUCCACCUCCUAUCCGAGGAUCAGCAUCGUUUGGAUCAGCAUCAUUUAGUGAUAAAAAACCUUCAAAGGCCGAUAGUUUCCAGCGUGCAACUAGUUCUUAUUAUGACUACAGCAGUUCGGCUGACACCGUUCCAUCUGCUCCAAGUUCUACUUACGACAAUCAGCUUUGCCCCAUUUGCUUGAGUAACUCAAAGGACAUGGCCUUUGGGUGUGGUCAUCAGACUUGUUGCGAGUGUGGUCAAGAUCUUCAGUCAUGCCCAAUCUGUCGGACUCCGAUUCAGACCAGGAUAAAGUUAUACUGAGGAAAGCUAUAAUCCCACUGGUGUUUGUAUCUAUCCAUGGAUUUCGUUGCUGUAAAAAUGGUGGAUUGAUUAGCGUGUUGGUUUUAUUUUUGCGGCUUGAGGAGGAAAGAAAAGUGUUUUGAGAAAACUUGCAAGAAUGUUGAGUGGCUUUUGCUGCUGAUAAUCUUUCAGGUGAAUCACUGUUGUGGACUAAUUCUUUGGAUCUUUGGAGUUUGCAAAAGAGAGAUUUCUGCAGUCUUCCAUCUUUAGCUGUGUACAGAUUUUACUACGCGAUUCUUGUAGGAGUAGUCAAUGACAAUGUUGCAACUCUCUCCUGUUCGCUGCUGUUGCGUGGUUUUCACUUUUCAAUAGUCCUGCUGUGCUGAUUCAGUUAGAGAAUGAUUCCAUUUGUUCUUUGUAUUCGUUUCUGACUAGUUUAAUAACCAUUUUUCACGUCGAAGUCAUUUUACUAAUGCUCAUCGAUGUCUGUAUUGCUAAAGUUACUUUACUAUGAUCAUCAUAUGACAUUUGAUAUUGUAAUUUGUAAGAAUCUCCUUAUCAUAUAUGCCCAGCUGGUAUUUUUUAAA